AUGCGGAGGGUUGGAUCGCUCGGGCACAUCUUACAGGUGUGUCCGAGAACGCAUGCUUCCCGUGUGGCACGACACAAUAAAGUUGUUAAGGUUGUAGCGUCCAAUGCUCGCAAGAAGGGUUGGAGUGUCCUGAUCGAGCCAGCCAUUCAAACUCUGGCAGGUGUAUGUAGACCUGACCUAGUGAUCCAUGGGUUACGCAAAACCGCCUUUGUGAUCGACGCUACUAUUGUGGCGGAUAACGCUGAUCUGACAGAACGACUCGAGGGGAAGCGUCAGUACUAUGACUCUCCGGCAAUUCGCCAAUGGGUGAAAGGGGUAAUACCCGAUAUUGACAAUGUGUGA